GCACUAUGUGAGGACACAGUCACAUUGAACAAGUCAAGAUCACCACGGCACCGUAAGCACUUAAUCUCUUUAAUUUGUUUGAGCAUAUAAAUCUGUCUCCACAUCUUCAUAACCCUUAAUUAAUAACUACUACUGCUAUGCUAAUCUCCCUUUGUUUUCAGCGGUGACAUAAUAUUAACUCUUUAACUGUGUCUUGUCUCGUUGUUUGCAAUACUACGUGUCUACACGUAAAAUAAAAUCUACUUUAAUUUGCUCUUUUCUCUCUCUAUAUAUGGCUUUGAAUCUCUUAUGAAAAUCAUGUUCUCUAGCUCACGUCAACUUCGCUUAUUCUUUUCGUCAUUAUCGUCCACAACCCAUAUAUUCAACCUUUAGCUCGGCUCUUAAAAGUCCCCAUCUCUUUCUUUACUUUAUUUGGGCACUAUUACGACCACAACUUAUCUUGGACAAGAUAGUGAUAAUACUCUUCAAGGCUACAUAAUUAUAUAUAGUUAGCAAUACCAGAACGAACCGUUACUCAAUUGAACCAAGACAAUCAUGAGUUGCUUGCAAAGCUGGCCCGAACCAAUUGUCCGAGUUCAAGCACUGUCUGAAAGUGGCAUUCGACAAAUCCCUGACAGGUUCGUUAAACAGCCAGCGGACAGGCCAUGUUUCAAGGAGACAACGUCCCAUGUUGAUAAUAUUCCAUUAAUUGACUUUGAGAAGUUGAAGUCGUCCGAUGAAUCCAUUCGCGAUGAAACUAUGGAGCUCAUUUCCAAGGCUUGUCGCGAAUGGGGUUUCUUCCAGGUGGUGAAUCAUGGCGUUAGCCAUGAACUCAUGGCUAACACACGUGGUAUUUGGCGGGACUUCUUUCAUCUCCCGCUUGAGGAGAAGCAGAAGUACGCGAAUUCACCGGUUACUUAUGAGGGGUAUGGAAGCAGGCUUGGAGUGGAGAAAGGUGGAAAAUUGGACUGGAGUGAUUAUUUCUUCCUUCAUUAUCUUCCUGACCCGUUGAGAGAUGAGAAGAAAUGGCCUUGCCUUCCCAUUACAUGCAGGAAAAUCAUUGCUGAAUAUGGACAAGAAGUAGUGAAAUUAUGUGAAAAAAUAACGAAGAUCUUGUCUAUAAACCUAGGAUUAAAUGAGGAUUGUCUACACAAAAAGUUUGGUGGAGACAAUGAAAGAGGUGCAUGCUUAAGGGUAAAUUUUUACCCAAAAUGUCCCCAGCCGGACUUAACACUCGGCCUCUCUUCCCACUCUGAUCCUGGUGGCAUGACCCUUCUCCUUCCCGACACUGACGUAGCCGGCCUCCAAGUCCGCCAUGGCGAUGACUGGAUAACUGUUAAACCUGUUCCUAAUGCCUUCAUCGUCAACAUUGGAGAUCAAAUUCAGGUAUUAAGCAACGCAAUAUACAAGAGCGUAGAGCACCGUGUGAUCGUCAAUUCUGCCAAAGAACGAGUAUCCUUAGCGUUCUUCUACAAUCCAGGAGGUGACUUAUUCAUUAAACCUGCAGAUGAGCUCGUGACGGAAGAUCGGCCCGCGUUAUAUUUACCGACAACGUUCAACGAGUAUCGAGCUUUCAUUAGAACGAAGGGACCUAGUGGAAAAUCUCAAGUUGAUUCACUAAAAUCGCCAACAUAAUGUCCUUUGUAGACAUCCGAUAAAAUUGCAAGACAAACAAAACCAGUAGUGGUCCAAUCACCAAGAUUGUUAGAUUACCUUUUGUAUGUUCUGUCGUAUUUAGGAAACUACUGUAUUUAUAUGCCAAUUGGUUUAAAAAAAAAAAACACAGUAAAUGCCCCGUCUUCACUUUCUUUUUUGAGAUCUUGUGUAUCCCUUCAAUACAUAUAGAAUGUUCUUCUAAUUAUAAAAUUUGGGUAUUAAUGGUUCUUUUUGUGAUAAA